UGCGAGAUAGAAGUUGUGUAAUUUUUUUGCGAAAAAAUUCAAAAAAAGUAACUUUUUGUUCUAAAUAAUGUUUUAUUUAUUUUAGAGAGCUCAAAAUGUGGAUUGAGAUUCGUAAAUUUUACGAACUCAUCGUCUCCUUCACAGCUUUCGAUGACGACCGAAAAAUAAACGAGCUGUUCAACGAAAUCGAGAAAUACAGAUGGCGAUUGAGCAAUAUUCUUUUGAAUCCGAGACGAACGGGUAAAGAUCGGGAAAAGCUGAAGCCAGGAAAUGUGGAAAUGGCAGGAGUGGAAGUUGCGCUAGACGAGGAAAUCUGUUCGGAAGCACUCAUUUUGUCGGAUAUCUUUCAAUUAAAUGAGCUGGAAGCUGUGGAUUUGAUUUUGGCCGGAGAAGCUCAAAAAAUACAUUUCGAAGGCCUCAACAGAGGAUUAAUCGCUGUCGUUUGCUACUAUGAUGCGCACAGGCUCCUAAUCGCAACAAUGCGCCAAAUGCUAAAAUGGGACCGAGAGGAUAUUCCUCAACGUAUCAGCAAGUUCCUCAAUAGCACAUUCAUCAACGAGGACGUGAUCAAAAACCUUUUUCAACAACUAAUCAAUUUCACCGUUCAAUCAGAAUUUGCACGACUUCAAUCUCCAGAUGUCAACGGUUUAGGAGGCUCUAAACAUCAGAAAUUGGUCAGAAAUGCCAUUGAGGAGAUUCGAAGUGAAGUAAUUGGUUGCAUUUCGAUGAUCUGUGAGAUUCCGGGAGGAAACGCAGUUUCGAUUUCAAAUCAUUUAUUCCAAAUUGUAAAGGCAGUUCCACCGGAGAAGCUCAGUUGUAGUAGCUUGACAGCCUGGAUUUCUCUCGUUAAAAUCACAUCGAGUGAAGUGUUGUCUCAAGUUCACGAUGCUCAACAAGUGCUCACAAACAUGAUCGCCCACAUUCGGAAUGAAACAGACUGGUCGGAUCAAGCAAUGUGCGGAACUCUACAGCUAGCAUGCGCUGUUGCUCUGAAAUCGAUUGCCUCAUCGCCAUCAGAUCAUCUAGGGAUCGAGAAUAUCAAGGUGGACGUGGAAAGAGUCAUCGAUCGAUCUAUCCGGAAUAUGGCUUUUCAUUACUUGCGACAAGCGAUCAUCAAGUCGGAACACUUCCGUUAUGCCCAUCAGUUUAUGAUUAUUGAUGAGCUUCUGAAACAGCUGAUUUCAUAUUUCCCCGCGAAGCUUAUGGAGACUGAAAGAAAUUCUACAGACGAGCUGAACUUCCUGGAUGAUCAGAAAAAGGAACAAUCAACGACUCAAAAACCGGAUCCGAAAAGCCAAACAGUCCACAUAACGGACAAAGUUACAGCUCAACUGAGCUCUACAGAUCCAUCGAACAACUAUGAUUCGGCUCUAUCACAAUAUGAGAACUUCCUUCGAUGCUUUGUGGAUUUAUACGAGAUGCAAGUGACCGACUAUGCACAUCAGAAGAAUGCGAGAACAGCACGCGAACGAGAGCUUCAGGAGCAAAUCGAAGAGAACAGCAUGGCUUUUAGUACGGAGAGAUCGAUUGAGCUCUGCCGGCUCCUGGAACGUGCUCGUCUUCCAAACCAUCAUGUUGUUCAUUCAGUUGCUUAUCUGGAAAUGUGCGCUGCUGUAUGCAAAAAUGAGAACACAGCUGCUCUACUUUAUGACAUCUUCUCCAAAGAACAUUGUGGACCAGAUUCAUAUGGAUGGGAAUCUCUGGCUUCAGCACUCAAAGGCUACGAUCGUUUGUACCGGGAGCAGAAGUAUGCGUCGAAUUCUCGUCACAAUCAAAGUCAGACAAUGAGUAUGAGCACCAGCUUCCACCAACAACAAAGCCUCAAUCUCACACUUCGUCCAGGCGACAAAAUCACCAUCCCAGCUCAAGAGCUCAGCGGACUAGUAGCCUGGAUCCAUAUGGCUACAAAAGUUGCUCAAUUGAAUGAACGAGCCGCUAUGCGAUUCUCGGAUGAUCCUUCAUGGACGUUGUGUUCUGUUGUCGCAUCGCUCUCCACUUCUCCAGUACCGCUAUCUAUGAAAGCAUCGAUGCUUGAUUUGCUGACGGCAGUGGCACGGCUCAAAGGAUCCGCACCGAGAAUUUGGCAAGCAAUUCAUCUGAAUCAAUUGUGCUAUUCUUCGGAUGGUGGAACACUAAUGGGAAUCCAGCAGGAGCUCGAGGAACGAGAAUGUGUCGCGAAGCAAUAUGAUGUGUCGUUAGCUUUUGUGAAAUUGAUGACGACCCUUCUGAUGCACAGAUCUCUACCGGAAUACGCUACACCAUUCAUCCAAUUCGUCACCAGAAGUAUUUUGGCACAUUUCUCCACACGCAGCUAUAAUAGCGUUGUUCAAAUGUGGGAGCUCGCCGAGUGGUCGCUCCGAGCCACCAACGCACUUCUCGAGCACGGAAUCGUCGAGCCGAGAGCCGUGGCAUCGAACGAAGUUCAUAUUGCCAUUUUGACGCAGUGCCUCAAUGAUACGCCGAUGUACAGAGCUAUCACGCGGGUUAUUAUGGAGGAUUGUCAAGCUCACAAUGAUCCGUACGUCACACGGCAGUCUCCAUCAUCCGAUGCAGCUUUGAUUGCACUGCGAAUUUUAUCACGAGCAAUAAUUCUGCAUCCGGCUCUUCGUGCGUGUGCCCGUGUCUCAUCCAGUGAUAUUAUGAUCGCUUCCAUUCCAUCCCUCGUCUUCUCACCAAUCAUCUCAGCCUCCGCUUGCACACCUCUUGAUCUCGUCUUCCAUUACCUUCAUAUGACUGAUGACUACCCGGUACACUCUCUCUACGCUGCCAGAAUUCUUCGAGACGUGAUGGCUACACGUGGAGCUGCCGAGGUGAAGAUGCUCGAGUUGUUAAGAUCCAGAAACUCGGCUGCAUCUCAUGUUCGGGCGGUUCGAGCGGCGAUCUGCGCUACGUCGAUUCAGUAUACGAUUGAUGAUUCAUUGGCGAAAGAAGAAGACACAGAUAAUCCACAUUUCGCGAGAGGAGAAACCGCUCGAAUUCUCAUCGAAACUCUUUCGGACGCCAUCGAUUGCCAAGUAACAAGAACCGGAAAUCGUCUGACUGAUACCAACAAUAUUUGCUACUACCUUCUCGCAUUCCGACCAUCAAAAGCCCAUACCAAGGAGCUGUAUCAAGCGGACGACGUGCUCACCGGUCUUCACUAUGUUCUGUAUAUUAUCGAGCAAUUUGUGAUGUCGAAGAAACCAUUCGAUUUACCUUUCUCAGCGCUACUAGAGCCUGCAUUCCGGCUGAUGCAAAGACUUGUCUCGAUCACGUGCCCAUUCUCUAAACCAGUGCUCUGCUUCAUGCGAUCUUCAAAUAUUAUCGAGAAAUUGACAACAUCUCCAUUCAUCUGUUCGGCUCUCACUCUGGAAAGUGCCCGCGACAAUACAUAUGCUCAAGGUGUAUUCGCUGUUCGUCGUAUGAUUGUUGGUUACAUUCUUCACUUCGCCGCCGUCGAAAUUUCGGCAAUGCUCACUACUGGCCACUUUUCUCGACCUGAGAAGCUUUAUCGUGCACUCUUGGAAUCAUCAUCUCUUGUUGCUGAAUAUACUCAAAUGGAAGAAGACGACGAUGAUGAAGAUAUGGCUCCAGUAGCUUCCGGAAGCAAUGACAAGGCGAAUUUGCUAUUCUCGUUGAUCCGACGAGCCACAGUGCCACGAAAGAACGAGUUACUUUACCCGAAUCUCGUGCAUUUCGAUGUGGCAAAACUUCACGAACUCUUUGACGCAUGCCUUACAGUGAACAUCUACGGCGUUGCACAAUAUGACGUUCUCUACUUGAACCGACUAUUACGACGAGAGAUUGAGACAGUCUAUACGGAAUCAGGCGAGAUGAAAUAUGUACAAAAAGAGAUGGAAGGAGUCCUUGAAUAUUGUGCUGAAAUUAACGCAAGUCUCUUAUCGGAAAGCGCCAGUGAGCGAAUUGUGUCUGGAUGUACUGCGCUACUCAACGUCUUCUCCGUUUUCGCCCCCGUCAACUUUUUCUCCAACAAAAUGCAAAUUGUCAUAUUCCGCGAUGCCUGCUAUGUGCUUAUCGAAAUGGCAUCAGGAGUUGGAGGAAGCUCCUUGGUGACAGCCUGUCAGACGUUCCACCGACUCGUACUGACACUCACCAAGUUGGCUCAAGUUGAAUAUCCUCGACUUCUCGAUCUUCGCGAAUUCUUUGCACCACUGUUCAAAAGUAUGAUCGACCUGUUUCUACAGCCUGGAGAGAAGUGUGUUGAUGCAAAAGUUCAACUCUACAAAACGAUGCGCUUCAUCCUACGAACAUUGUUUGAGAAGAAUAGCAUUGACACAGUAAAUGAAGCUGAAGAAUGGCUUCUCGACGGACUCAUCGCACCACUGGAGACCCCAUCAUCGGAUGAAAUUGUCAAUAUUGUGGAUAAGAUGGCCGACGAGAUAGCACGACAUCUGGAGGGAAGUAUUGCCGAUCUACCGAAGCAUAGGAAGGCCGCUGGGAUAAUGCUGGCCAACGAUUUGAUUCAUGAGGAUUUGAAGGGCAACAAGAAGAUUUGCAAUCACUUUUCGAAGAGUGGAGUGCCGCGGAUUUUGUGCGAGGAGCUGUUGCACAUCGAUUUCGACUGGAAUAUUGUGACAGCUGCAAGGAAGGAAGGUGGUGGAGGUGUUGCUGGGGUUAAUCAAGCGGAGCACAUUUCUAAUUACAACUUGUUCAUCUCGAUUUUAACAUUCCUGACGCGCUACGGAACUUCAGAAUCUGGAUGGCACGUUCUUGCCGAGCUUGCUGUUUCGGAGAUCCUUGCCGAGAUGCCUCCGUUCAUUGAACCACCGAAAGAGCUCUUUUUGAAACCCGAAACUGUUAAAGUAAAGGGAACCUCUGCCCACGCUUAUGCAAAUGCUUUGGAUCUGGGACUUCACUUCUGUAAGCAAAUGUGCACGAAAACAAAAUGGAAGAAGCAGUCGCUGAAAGUGCUCGCUUUUGUACAACGUCUCGGAGAGGUUUUCCAGCAAUUGAUGCGUGCUGAAAUUGAAUGUGAUUGUCUGGAAACAGCGAAAGCAUUGGUUUAUGAAAUAUCUAUUAAUGACGAAGCACUAAUCGGAAUUAUCGAUGGCGAUCAAGUUCUCCGUCAACUGAAGCUCGCGGAAGACUCGAAAACUGUCAAAUCGAAUGCUCGACGACAGUUUAUCAAUAAAGGAUCAACGUUUGGCGCUCCUCGUCAACUCUAUUCCACUCUUCAACCGGUCUAAUUCCCUGUUUUUUUUUAAAUUUUAUUCUUCCUUGUUUGUAAAAUUUUAAAUUUAUUUUCUUCGUGAUUUCCCGCCACAUCACGCACACACACUCAUUUUGUUGUCUGUUUUCUUUCUGUCUCUACCAUGAACAAUUUUCUUCCCAACUAAAACGUGAAAAAGAAAAUUUUUAAAAAAAUCAUUUCGCACAAUUUUUGACCAAGAAAAAAGUUAGCAAAACAAUUCUCGUUAUGAAUGAAAUUCAAAACUCUUUGCAA